GAGAACUUGAGGAUCCCGGCCGGUCCACACGAUUUCAGUCGUACCAGAGGCUCUUGCAGGAUGGUGCAGGGGCCGAGCCCGGCGCCUCCCUGCCGGUGCGCUUCGGGAGCCGUCGAAGUGAUGCAACCCCGAGCCAGCGGCCCCCUCCGGUACCGGAGAGUGGUGCUGGGACGAAGGCGAAUGCUGCCAGAUCCACACCCGCGAUGCCGUCAAGCAGCCCACCACGCUCUCCUGCUUCAGGCUCCGCCACGGCUCCUCACAGGGCGCCGCGAGAGGAGGCGGUAGGCACCGGGCGCGGCCAUCUGGUCUCUGCGCUACCCUCCGCUGCCACGGAGGUGGAGGAUGCCGAUCUUCGGAAGGAGGAUUUCGUCUGGUCGGAACAUGAGUUCAACGACGGGGAGAAGGAGAACCGUCGAGUGCUGAAGGAGUUCACCCGGGAGUUCAAGAAGAUGGCGGAAGCCACACCCGAUGGAGUCCGGAAUCCAAAGCUGUUGACCGCGGCUUUGGACCUGGCCUUGGCCUGCGUCAAAUGCUACGAGCUGGACAAGGCGGAUGCCAUCUACCGCCGUGUUCUCGGGGAGUGCCGACGGCGCGGCAUGCCGUGGGACGUGAAAUGCUUGCAGGAUUUGGCAACGUUGCGCU